UCCCGGAAGUGCUAGCUAAAAACAUCGCUAGCUUCUAAUAGACGUUUUAAACCCGGAAGACGUUGUAAACAAACGGUGUUUGACUGCAAAACAAGCAAGCGGAGCGUGUUAAAUUGUCAUAAUGAGAACAAUAAAGCUGUGAGUAAAUCAGUUUUAUAUUUAAUGUAAAGAACAUGGAGGACGAUGAGCGGCGACGGCUCGGAGGAAACCCGGACUGGAUGUCCCGUCUGCCGGGGGAGCUGCUGGAUGUUCCGCUGUGGAACCUCGCUUUACCCGGGAGUCACGACAGCAUGUCCUUCUGUCUGGAUGUGUCCUCUCCCGUCCUGAGGUCAGAGCCCGGCUUCCUCAGACUGACCGACAGGCUGUUUCCCUGCUGCACUCGACCCUGUGUCUCCCGCUGGGCCACCACGCAGCAGUCCGUCCUCAGUGAUCAAUGUGAUCUUGGGAUUCGUUUCUUGGACAUGCGGAUCGCCAGGAAGCCAAAAGGAGGCAGCAAAUUGUUCUUCGCCCACGGGAUCUACACACUGAUCACUGUGAAGGAGGCUCUGGAUGAACUGGCUACCUGGCUGGACGCUCAUCCGAAAGAGAUCGUGAUCAUCUGCUGCUCACAUUUCGAAUCGCUGACGGACGAAGAUCACGUCCAGCUCGUGGAGUUCAUCGUCAAGCUGUUCGGAAACAAACUCUGCCCUUCACAGGAUACUCCCACGCUGCGAUCCUGUUGGGCCAGAGGUCAGCAGGUUGUUGUUUCCUAUGAUGACCAGCAGAUGGCGAUGCAGCACCCCGAGCUGUGGACUAGAGUACCUUACUGGUAUGCCGACAGCCCCGACCCUGAGAGGGUGAUCGCCUACCUGGAGGAGAAGCAGCGUGGAGGAAGACCAGCUGGUUUCUACGUCACCGGUCUGAACCUGACCGAAGACGCUCCCUACGUCCUCCUCCAUCCCUUCCAGAGCAUGAGGAAGAUGACGAUGAAGGCUCUCUCGCUGCUGCUCCGCUGGGCGAGCAAGCAGCGGCCGGGCGACGAGGUCACCGGGGUCAACAUCGUCUGCUGCGACUUCGUGGAGGUCAGUCAGUUCUGCUCACUUGUGAUCGACUUGAACUCCAAACUGCUCGCUGCUGUCUGCACGGAGACGCCAACGUGAUCCAACACGGAGAAACACAUUUAUGAAGUCUGUUUAUUUUUCUUUAUUACCUUUCGAACGUUUCUGAUCAUGUAAAUGUUGAUUUUUGACCAUCUGUAUGUUUCACUCCUGCAUUACACACAGUAUUAUCAUGUUCAUUUCAGAUACAUUCACUUUCUGUUUUUGUAUUUGUGUUUUUAUACGUACUCUGUUGAUUUGUCUACCAAUUUUUGAAUAUACUUAAAUACAUUAUAUAAAUAAAUAAAUACUUUUGUAUAUUUUGAGUCUUGAUUAUUGUAGCUCUUCAUGUUUAAUGACAUUAGUAAUCACAUAAUACUUCGUAGAGAAUAAAGCUGUGAUUUCACCUACAGACAGCAGUGAAUAUUAAUAAAAAACAAAGAAUACAAUAAAGAAUAAAAGCAGAAAUGUUUCCAAUGUGAAAGUACAAGAAUAAAAGCAGGACUUGGCCUUAAAAAAAUA